GCUUUUUUUUAAUAUGGCGGAAGCAUUGACCGCCGUUCGGACGUCUGCAUUUUUUAUUAUCACGACUUAAGCAGUAUCGUGAUUAUAAAUUCGCGUGUGUGUUAUACCAAAGUUUUAUAUAAAAAAAGUGUAACUAAAAUUGCAAAUAGAACAAUCGCAGGCGUCCCUCGGUACAUCUGAUUCAGCUGAAAAAAUGUCAAAACGAGCAGCAUACGACGACGAAGACAAUCCACCAUCAGACGACUCGGACUUCGAUGAUGACGAGGAUCCAGACAAUUUGGAAGUGCCAGGUGGUGGGAAGACGUUGGCGGCGGCGGCGCGCAUGGCGGACAAGAAGGUGACAGCCGCGCCGCCGGUCACCAUCAAACCUACCACCAACCCGCUUGCUGCGCCGUCAGGGUUGGCUUUCGGGCAGGCCAGCAACGUGAAGCCGAUCAAAAUAUCCGCCAGCUCGCUCAGUAAGCCGAUCAAUAUCGCCAAUCUGGCCAGGGGAGGAGCUGCGAGCGCGGCGGCGGCGGCGGCGUCGCCGUUCGCCGCGGGCUCGUCGGCCGCGUUCAACGCGGCCUCGCUGCUCGCACAGAUGGAGAUGGUGGGCGUGUCGGGCAUGAACUCGUACCUACUGCAGAACCUGAACCAGAUCCUGGCUUCGGGUAUGGGGGGACCGUUAGCCGGGCUGCUGGGGCAGUUCGCGCACCUGCCCGCGUGGGGACAGGCUAAGCCGGCCAUGUGGCAGCAGCCGGAUAAGAUGCCCGGAGAUGAAGAAGAAGUUGACGACGAAGAGAUGGGAGUGGCUGAGACGUACGCAGACUACAUGCCGCCAAAAUUGAAGCUGGGCCGCAAGCACCCGGACCCGGUGGUGGAGACGGCGUCGCUGUCGUCGGUGGAGCCGGCCGACGUGACGUACAAGCUGAGCCUGCCGGAGGACACGGUCCGCGGCGGGCUGCUGUCGGCGCUGCAGCUGGAGGCCGUGGUGUACGCGUCGCAGGCGCACGAGCACAAGCUGCCCGACGGCACGCGCGCCGGCUUCCUCAUCGGGGACGGCGCUGGUGUGGGCAAAGGCCGUACCAUAGCCGGUAUAAUAUUCGAGAACUACCUGAAGGGCCGCAAGCGCGCCAUCUGGGUGUCCGUCUCCAACGACCUCAAGUACGACGCCGAGAGGGACCUCAGGGACAUAGGCGCCGGGAAGAUCGAGGUCCAUCCUCUUAACAAGUUCAAAUACGCGAAGAUCUCGUCUGCUGUGAACGGCAACGUGAAGAAGGGCGUGGUGUUCACCACAUACUCCGCGCUCAUCGGCGAGACGCAGUCCUCCAACACCAAGUACCGCACGCGGCUCAAGCAGCUGCUGCAGUGGUGUGGCGAGGACUUCGACGGAUGCAUCGUGUUCGACGAGUGCCACAAGGCGAAGAACCUGUGCCCGGUGGGGUCGGGCAAGGCGACGAAGACGGGGCUGACGGCGCUGGAGCUGCAGACGCGGCUGCCGGGCGCGCGCGUGGUGUACGCGUCGGCCACGGGCGCGUCCGAGCCGCGCAACAUGGCCUACAUGGUGCGCCUCGGCAUCUGGGGCGACGGCACGCCCUUCCCCACCUUCAUGGACUUCAUCAACGCCGUCGAGAAGAGAGGCGUGGGCGCCAUGGAGAUAGUGGCCAUGGACAUGAAGCUGCGAGGCAUGUACAUAGCGCGCCAGCUCUCCUUCCACGGCGUCUCGUUCAAGAUCGAGGAGGUGCCGCUCUCGGAGCCGUUCAAGGAGACCUACGACAAGUCUGUCGCGCUGUGGGUGGAAGCGAUGCAGCGUUUCACGGAGGCGGCGGAACUCAUUGACGCGGAGUCGCGUAUGAAGAAGACCAUGUGGGGACAGUUCUGGUCCGCGCAUCAGCGGUUCUUCAAGUACCUCUGUAUCGCUGCCAAGGUGAACCACGCGGUGGUGACGGCGCGCGAGGCGGUGAAGUGCGGCAAGUGCGUCGUCAUCGGCCUCCAGAGCACCGGCGAGGCGCGCACGCUCGACCAGCUCGAGCGCGACGACGGCGAGCUCACCGACUUCGUCUCCACCGCCAAGGGCGUGUUCCAAACCCUGGUAGAGAAGCACUUUCCCGCGCCGGACCGCGACCGCAUCAACAGGCUGCUGGGGCUCGACCCGCCCAAGCCGAAGGCCGCGCCCGCCGCCGUCCAGCACAACGGCAACAGCAAGCACGACGACGAGGCUAACACUUCCAAGAGGAAAUUGACGUCACGGCAGCAAGCCAACGUGGCGGCCAAGCGCGCGCGCGGCGGCUCGUCGUCGGACGAGUUCGUGCGCGGCGGCGGCUCGUCCGACGAGCUGGACAUGGAGUCCGACGACGAGCAGCACGCGCCCGCCUCCGACUCCGACCUCAGCGACUUCAACCCCUUCCGCGCCGGCAGCGACAGCGACGAUGAACCGUGGAUCGGACGUAAGAAAAAACCAGUUAAGAAGAAGAAAGCGGCGUCUCCGAAGAAGAAGAGCUCCACAACUCAGGACAAAAUCGAGAAUAUGUUCGAGCGAAAGAACAACGCGGCGACCACGGCCCCGGCCAAGGUGACCGUCACCACCACAGGCGGGCAGAGCCUCACCGGCACGCCCGUCGGCACCAACGGACUCUAUCUCGGCCCGACCCGCAACCAGCCGCCGCCGCGGUCCGCCAUCGAGCGCGCGUGCAGCAUGAAGGAGGAGCUCCUCGCCGCCAUCGAGCGCCUCGGCAAGCGCCUGCCGCCCAACACCCUCGACCAGCUCGUCGACGAGCUCGGCGGCACCGAGAACGUCGCCGAGAUGACAGGUCGCAAAGGGCGUGUGGUGCAGACAGAAGACGGUCAAAUCCUAUACGAGAGCCGGUCGGAGGCUGACGUCCCCCUGGAGACGCUCAACCUGACGGAGAAGCAGCGGUUCAUGGACGGAGAGAAGGACGUGGCCAUCAUUUCUGAGGCAGCCUCAAGUGGUAUCUCACUGCAGAGUGACAGGAGGGCGAGAAAUCAAAGGCGAAGGGUACACAUAACAUUGGAAUUGCCAUGGUCAGCCGACAGAGCUAUACAACAGUUUGGUCGUACGCACCGCUCGAACCAGGUGAACGCGCCGGAGUACAUAUUCCUGAUCUCGGACCUGGCGGGCGAGCGGCGGUUCGCGUCCACCGUGGCCAAGCGCCUCGAGUCCCUCGGCGCCCUCACGCACGGGGACCGCCGCGCCACCGAGACAAGAGACCUGUCGCAGUUCAAUAUCGAUAAUAAAUACGGUCGCACGGCGCUAGAAGCAGUGAUGCGCGCGAUCAUGAAGUACGAGACGCCGCUGGUGCCGCCGCCGAGCGACUACGCGGGCGACUUCUUCCAGGACGUGGCCAGCGCGCUCGUCGGCGUCGGCCUCAUCGUCAACAGCGACGCGGCGCCCGGCGUGCUGUCGCUCGACAAGGAUUACAACAACAUGUCGAAGUUCCUGAACAGGAUACUGGGCAUGCCGGUGGAGCUUCAGAACAGGCUUUUCAAAUACUUCACGGAUACAUUAACAGCUGUCAUGGAACAAGCGAAGCGCAGCGGUCGGUUCGACCUGGGCAUCCUGGACCUCGGCAGCGCGGGCGAGGUGGUGCGGCGCGUGCGCCUCGUGCGCUUCCUGCGGCGCCACGCCACCGGCCGCGCGCCCGUCGAGCUGCACACCGUGCACUCCGAGCGCGGCAUGGAAUGGUCAGAAGCCCUGGAGAAGUGGUCGGAGCUGACAGGCCCCAAGGAAGGCUUCUACCUGUCAACGCAGGCGCGCAAUAACAAGUACACCGCCGUGCUGUGCGUCGCCGCGCACUCCAACACCAAGAAGGAGAAGUUAACUAAGAAGGAUAUCAUGUUCCAAAUAUACAGGCCCAACACCGGGCUUCAGCUGCGGCUGGAGUCAUUGGCUGAGAUCGAGAAGAAGUACCGCAAGGUGGAGAGCGGCGAGGCGGAGGCGGCGUGGCGCGCGCAGUACAACGCCUCGCUGCGCGUCUGCUCGCACGCCUACUGGCGCGACCAGUGCAGGAACGCGGCCGACUGCGAGGUGGGGCGGCGCGUGCGCACGUGGCACGUGCUGGCGGGCUCGGUGCUGGCGGUGUGGGCGCGCGUGGAGCACGUGCUGGCGGCGCGCUCGCAGCUCAACAAGAUGCAGGUCGUGCGCAUCAAGACCACCGACUCGCUCAAGAUCGUCGGUACGGUGAUCCCAAAGAACUGCGUGGAGCCGCUGAAGGAGGCGCUCGCGUCCGACGCGGUGUCCGUCAGCGAGCAGACAUUCGAGCACACCGACGGGCUCAAAUGAACGCCCCGCCCCUCGCCAUAGUUCCUCUGUCUCUCUUUGUUUUGUGUUCGGGACCAUGCGGUGGCUAGUGCGCGCUCUCGGGACUAUAUCGAUUUAAUUAUCGAUAGUAUCGAUAAAAUUAUCACCACAAAGUAUCGAUAGUAGUGGGAAAAUAUCGACUUCUACGUACAUCGGUCUUUCGAUAGCUGUCGGUUUUUGUAUCUAUUGCUUCCUAUCGCGAUUCGGUUCGAUAAAUUAAAGCAAUACACCGACAAUAAUUUUAGUUGUAAUAGAUAUUUUAUUUUUGCAUACCCACAGUGUGAGUACAAUAGUGAUGUAGAAGCAUCGAUAUUUAUAUAUCGACUAACAUAUCUACGGGUUUGUGGAUUGCUUUUGCUAUAUUGUCCGCUAUUUCUAGAUAAUACAUUUUGUUUUGUAAGUCGAUAUAUGACAUCCGAGAAGCGUGUCACGCUCAGUGCUGUGAAGUGUGGUGUGCGGGCUGGCUGGUGCCGGCCCGGGUCUUGAAUGUAGUCAAUUACGUAAGAGCCAAGCGGUAUGACUGAUUAUUUCUUUAGCGACCUCCCAUUCACCCCUUUGCCCCAAGCCCCCUCGGUGCGCUGCAAUUUUGCAUACUUAUCGAUAAGUUGCAACUAUUUUAUAGUUUUAAUGCUGGCGACCUUUAUACUUCGUUUAGGGGAUGACUAUAUCAAACGAUAUUAGGGCUGGACGGUAUCGAUGAUUUCAUCGAAAUCGAUUACGAGCGUUGUACCGACGGAUAACAGAAUUUGUGAUAAUUGAUUUGGUAUGUAUUUUAUCAAAUAUUUAAGGUAAUGUAAUAAAUUGACAGUAAAGUCGAUAUCGAUGAAAUUGUCUUGUAAGAUGCCCGGGUAAGUAGUAAGUUUACAAGAGAGUGUGAUGUAUGCUUUAGUGCAUAGAUAAGUGUAUAUUAAAUAAUUCACGUGUUAUUCGCGCCUUCGUGCUGAAACUAUGGAAAAAGCACCCCAUUUUAUUUCGAUUAAAGUACGAUAGAAGUCGAUUCUCUCAUGACAAGUUGACGAAAAGUCCGAGGAUAUUGGAUAUUAUGCUGAUUGUGUUGGCAUAUACGUAGAUACGUACGUAGUAUAGUUCAACAUGCAAUUAUAAUAUCGAUUUUUAAUGUAUUUAUGUCCCAUUGGUUACAAUCGGUGUGAUCAGCCCGGUCGGAUGGUUAUGCCAAUGAGUUGAUUGUAUUUAAGUUGAAUCCUAUUUGGCCUUGGUCGCAACAUCCUUGGAGAAACCAUAGGCGCGACACUUUUAGCAACGGUGAUUUUUUUUCACUUGUGUUCGAUCUAUAUCGAUAUCAUUUUAUCGAUUAGAGAUACUGCAACGCAUUUUAUCGAUUUAUUUGAGCAUAGAGAUAAAAUAGUCGUGGUGUCGGGUCAGCGACUAAAUUGCCAAUGUUGAAAGUAUCGCGUGAUUCGCUUCUGAACAGAUCUCGGCGUUGCAGACAAGUAACUCGCGCCAGUCACUCGGACAAGUCGGUUGUUGUCAUGCCCUUGUAUACGAUACAGUAUGUUUUAUGUUGUACAAAUACUAGUUUUUUUUAUUUAAUUCAAUGUUAUAUAUUGUAUGUUUAUUGUUUCGUGACCAUUCAUUUGAAUUAAUGGAAGUUUAAUGUAGCAAAUUUUAGCCAACUAUUUUUAUCGAAUAUUUUAAAUGUAACGCUUUUAAUUGACGGCAGGCGCCAUGUUGGAUCGCGUCGGCCAUAUCGACCAAUCAAAGCGCGGCGUUUGACGCGUUGGCCUCCAAGCUCAGUUUUGUAAUUGUAGUUAUAAGUGUCACCUCUAUAGGCCUAUGUAUCGCCAGUGAUUGUAAGGUAGUCAACGUGUUAAACAUAUUAUCAAAUUUGGACCCAGAUCCUCAAUAGAACUGUAACGUUCAAUGUAAAAUAGAAAUUAAUGAGAGGUUAUCGAUAUACAAUUUAAUACUUUAUUCCCGAUAGAAUAAGAAUUGUUUUAUCGAUAUGCAAACUAAAUUCCAAGUUACACUGAAGUGUAUCGACUGGUGCCCCUAAGUGUGCUUCGGGCCUAAUAUCACUGUAUGCAGACUAUUCCGUAAUCAUGACGUCAGAGCACAUGACUGUCAAAUUUUAACUUUAUCUGCCACGCUGUCCCACUACUGGGUGAAAUACUUCCCACCAAUGGGUUUUAAAUAACCCCUCCGUGUUGGUCUGUGCGGGUCGAUGGGCCGUCAUCGCCUCACUCGUAGUCAGCUGGGUGCACCAUGGCCGGUGGGACCGGCUUGGGGUCUCAAUUUGGACCCCAUACAUAUUUUAAUAGCUUUUAUAAUUUAUUUUUACUGUUAGAUGUGAUUAUACAUUAAUAGUGGACACUCAGUGGUAAUAAUAGCAGGAUAAUUAGUGGAGUUUUUAAUGUAUUGUGUGAUUGUAGGGAGGGUGUCAGGAGGCAGUGUGGAUCUUACAGUGUAAAGGGUGUUGCAUUAAUAUUGUAAAGAUUAUCAAUGGCGCUUAGUGAAUAUUAUAUUAAGGAUUUUCAUGACCAAAAGAAUAUAAUAAGUAUUGAUAAUACUCUGAAUGACAAAAGAAACUGUGUUGUUUAAUUUCAAAAUGCGCAUAGCGCUAUCAAAAAAUAAUGUUGACAUGACUACAGGCUUUAGUAUCGUAUUUUAUCUGCGCCAUAAAAAACUCAUUGUUAGUGCUACACCCUGUAUAAUAAAUAUAUUACAUGUACUUAUUAUUAGUUUAUAAAAUAAAGAUUUAUAAUAUUACGCAUUAUCCGAUAAUGGUUUGAUAGAGUAACAUUAAGUCAGAUUAUCCAUUCUCCUAAAUAGGUCUUAGACUACCAUAUUUUAUAGUUCAAUUGAAUUAGAAGAGUAAUUUAUUGAUCCCCUCUAGGUGUACUGUGGGGUAGGUCCUCCGUGGCGCCCUCCCAGCGGUCAGGCAGUGUUUCAGUAUUCAGAGAUGUCAUCUAAAGCCCUCCGCCACCAUUCAUCUUGUCUCUGUAUUAAUUGAUGUAUAAAGGUUAAAGACAACAAAAUAAAUGUAUAUAAACCAUA